AUGUCUUCGCAUCCGAGAGGCAAAGACUCGAAUCGGCAGGAUGCUGCAGAAUACAAGAAAGCAAUGGCGACAGGAGGAGUAGAGGCACAUGCAUCGCCAAUACCCCCAAUUGUAUGUUACUGUGUCGCUUCAAUAUUAAUGACUGUAGUCAAUAAGAUUGACAUGAGUCGGCUAAAGUUUGUAGUGUCUGGAGCUCAGUUCUCCAUGAAUUUUUUGUUGUUGUGUAUUCAAUCACUCGUCUGUGUGGCCUGUGUGGUGGUGGUGAAGAAAAUCGGAGUCAUAUCCUUUCGAGCUUUUGAUUGGGCGGACGCGAAGGCUUGGUUUCCAAUCAGUUUCUUGCUUGUAAGCGUGAUAUACACUGGUUCAAAGAGUUUGCAACAUCUGAGCAUACCCGUCUACACCAUAUUCAAAAAUCUGACCAUUAUCCUAAUCGCCUAUGGAGAGGUCAUCUGGUUUGGAGGACGUGUGACCGGAUUGACCUUCGUUUCGUUCAUUUUCAUGGUUGUGUCGUCUGUUAUUGCAGCGUGGUCUGAUGUCACUGGGGCCAUUUCGGAGUCAUCGCUACCAAUCGUAAGCACCGAUGUGGGGUUGAAUUCCUUGCAAGAUGUUGCAGGCGCUGUCCGCGGGCUUAAUGUUGGAUACUAUUGGAUGCUUGUCAAUUGUUUAACGAGCGCAGCCUACGUCCUUUCUAUGCGAAAAAGAAUCAAGUCGACGGGCUUCUCCGAUUGGGAUUCAAUGUUCUACAAUAACCUGUUGAGUAUCCCGAUACUGGCCGUGUUUUCAGUUGUUGUUGAAGACUGGGGAACUGCGAACUUGACUCGAAAUUUCCCUCCGGAGACCCGGAAUAUUCUUCUUUUGGCGAUUGCAUUCUCCGGUGCUGCCGCUGUAGGGAUUUCAUACACGACUGCUUGGUGUGUCAGGGUAACCAGCAGUACGACGUACAGUAUGGUUGGAGCGCUGAAUAAACUCCCUGUGGCUGCCUCAGGGAUGCUAUUUUUCGGAGACCCAGUUACACCUGGCUCAGUAUCUGCGGUGGGAGUGGGUUUUUUCGCAGGACUAGUGUAUGCCGUGGCCAAAAAUAAUCAGAAGAAAGCAGAAAAUCGGAUGCAGUCCUCAGGCAUUAUUCCCUUGACGAAUCGGAAACCAUAA